AUGACCACGCAUCCUAUUCGUCACCCGUCUCGACAGUUCAAAAGACCGCAGCCGGCGCGUACACAGCCCUCACAGCCUCUGUCAAAGCGCGCUUAUUCCCGUAGAAGUAACGGUGCUUCCAAUGCUGUGCAUUACAAGGAGAUCGAGACUGAUCACGACAACGGUUCAAUGGCGGUGACCUUCCUGAACUACUGUACCUUCUGCGAGAAGCAAAUUAUAGUUCCUAGUAGCUUUAUGCUCUAUUGCUCGGAAAGUCGCAAGAAGAAGGACACUGAGCAGAGCCUUGUUUAUCCGUACGAUCAAUGUUUACCGAUGCUAAAGCCGUUACGCAACAGCUCCUUUGACAACCUCGCCUUCCGCGACAUCGUGCCCCAGCGCUUGCCAAGCCAUACAGGGUUAAAAUGUUCAGUUUACGCCUUUUCCGACACAUCGUCGGACCAUAAUAGAGGCGAUCGGUAUCAGCGGUUCGACCGUGAACCCUCAAAUCGCCUCUGUGAAUUCCAGCUAACAUCAACUUACCCACCUGAUACGGUACGAUCAUACCUACCCUGUUGCGGCCAUUUGUUAAUCUUGAGUUCCAGCUUUAGCGCCACCACUUCGCUGUCAUAUACUCCAGCCUCAUCCGCAAGCUGUUCACUUCCGCAUACAACCGCUCCUAAGCGACCUUUUUCUCUGAGGACUAAGUCGUCGCAUAGCUCAUCGUAUGGCACCAGGUCGGUAAACCUUGUCAAGCCUCUGACAGCUCCUCGGAUCUGCUGUCUUAUUCGCAUAAGUUGGUAA